AUGGCAACUCAACAAAGCUCCACCGUGGCCAACACUGAUGCCGCCUCAUACCUUGAUAUGGGCAUCACACUGGCGAUCAACAACUGGCCCGCCCUCACACUUGCCGUGCAAUCGAACUGGGGUGGCCCAAAUUCGGCCGACAAGCGCGCCUGGCUAUGCGGUGCGAUCUCAGAUAUGAUAGCAGACCGGCCCGAGACCGACGCUGAGGAUUUGGAGGAUGUGCUUAUCCAGGUCAUGAAUGACGAGUUCGACGCUGUGGUGGACGACGAGAGUGCCGCUAAGGUAGGCACUGAGAUCAUGGAGAUGAGGGCACAGACUGGUCGCGGCGAAUUUGCAGAGAUCCAGGCUCAGUGGGACGCAUGGCAGAAGAAGAGCGAGGAGAAGGCUGCUAGCAUGUUCAAGCAGGUUGAGUCGAAGGAUGAAGACCAGGAGACGGAUGACGAGGCGGAUGAGGACGAUGCUGAAGACGUUGAGAUGGGCGAUGCGCCGGCUCCAAGAGAGAAGGUGGAGCCGGAGAUCGAUGAGGAUGGAUUUACAAAGGUGGUUGGGAAGAAGAGGCGGUGA